AUGUCUUCGGGUAUCAUGCAAAAGGUCAACACUUCCCUCCGACUUGCGCAGCUGCGUGAGCUUAUGAGGCGCAACAACGUCACCACUUACAUCGUGCCGCCGGAUGAUUCCCACGCUUCUGAAUACGUGGCAGACUGCUUCAACCGCUCAGCUUACAUUUCAGGGUUCAGCGGGGGCUCAGGGUGGGCUGCCAUCAGUGAAGAGGGUGCAGCUCUCACCACCGACGGUCGAUACCUCAAGCAGGUCGCGCGACAGCUAGACGGCAACUGGACGUUGUUUGACGACGGCUGGGAGGACUGGCUGGCUGAGAAAUGCAAGGAUGGCAAGUCGGCCGCCGUCGAUCCCACCCUAAUGUCGCCAGCGGUCGCCGAGGAGCUGACAGAGAUAAUCCAGAAGGCGGGAGGCUCUGGACUAGUUGCCGUGACGGACAACCUGGUUGACAAGAUCUGGGGCGAUGAGCAACCACCCCCGCCGACCUGCAGUGUUUUCAUUCACCCUGACAAGUAUGCCGGCAAGUCUGUCAAGGCGAAGCUCGCUGAGCUCCGCGACGUCAUCUUGAAAAAUGACGCUUCCGGCAUGUACAUAACUAUGCUGGAUGAGGUUGCCUGGCUCUUCAACCUGCGUGGAAGCGAUGUCAGGUACAACCCAGUAUUUUAUAGCUACGCCUUUGUCGCAACCGACAAGGCCGUGCUGUACGUCGAUGCGCUCAAGGUCGAUGAGUCCGUCAACAAACACCUCGCAGUAAACAAUGUCAGCGUCAAGCCCUACGACAGCUUUUACGGGGAUGUUGACCAAGCUACCGAGGGCAAGUACCUAAUCACCAACAAGGCGCCGUGGGCUCUAAGAGCCGCUUUCCGUGGCGACAGGGCAGUGGAAGUCGGAGCAAUCGCUCAAGCCAAAUCAAUCAAGAACGCGGUGGAGCUUCAAGGAAUGCGCGCCUGCCAUAUCCGUGAUGGUGCUGCGUUGACAUCGUAUUCUGCCUGGCUCGAGCACCAGCUCAUAGUAGAGAACACCACUAUCACCGAGGCGGAGGCAGCGGAUAAGCUCUUGGCGCUACGCAAAAAGCAGCCUCUUUUCGUUGGCAACUCCUUUGAGACAAUUUCUUGCACCGGAUCAAACGCCGCCAUCACGCACUAUCAUGCCAGACAUGGUACCAGCUCGGUGAUUGACCCCAACGCCGUGUACUUUUGCGACUCUGGCGGUCAGUACUAUGACGGCACUACUGACACCACCCGCACAUUUCAUUUCGGUACACCGAGCGACCAGGAAAAGGAGGCAUAUACGCGCGUUCUGAAAGGACUUAUUGCCCUUCACCGAGCUGUAUUCCCUAGGGGAGUAACCGGUCAUGCUUUGAAUGUUCUUGCUAAACAGUUUCUCUGGAACGUUGGUCUUAAUUUCCGCCAUGGCACCGGUCAUGGUGUCGGUUCCUUCUUGAAUGUCCAUGAGGGUCCGAUGGGCAUCGGUAGUCGUCCUUCCUUUAUGAAACACCCUUUACGACCUGGCAAUGUGCUCUCCAACGAGCCUGGGUGCUAUCAAGACGGCAGCUUUGGCAUUCGCAUUGAAAACAUCAUGAUUGUUGUCGAGGUCAGGACAAAAAACUGUAGCAGUACACCAUUCUAUGGGUUUGAGAAUGUGACAAUGGUUCCCUACUGUAGGAACUUGAUUGACUCGUCUUUUCUCAGCCCGGAGGAGAAGGAUUGGAUCAAUGCGAGGAAUGCAGAGACACUGGAAAAGACGCAGGAUGUUGUGGCAAAUGACGAAGUUGCGCUCGCAUGGCUGAAGCGCAACACCGAGCCGCUAUGA